UCUGGAAAGACGUAAAUAUCCGCUAUGGCGGCGAAAUCCGAAAUUGUCUGAGCUUGUCAGAUUCACAAUAUUUGAGAUACUCGGCUUCGUUCACGUAUUUAAACGGUCAUGCCUUUGGGAUUAGACAGAAGUCAUUUUCUAACGGGGAAAGUGAAAGAACAAGACAUUCAGUUGAGAAAAAAACAGGAAAGAAUAGCUUCACUAGAAACAGAAAAUGCUAUGCUGUACCUGAAACUAGCUCAGCUGAGGGGGGAAGUGCAGAGCUCCAGGGAAGGGCUGACAGAUGUGGCAGCUAAGUAUGAAGCAGAGAGAAGGUUCAGGAGUAAAGUGUCAGACAAGGCUUCCAAGUUCAAACAGGAAAUAGAGUUGCUGAGAGAGGGGAUGGGACAAGUGAUGAAUGUAGCCAGUAGGAUGCCGGAGCAGUUCCAGUCUCACAUCGACCACGCCAGUGCUGUCGUCAGACAACACAGACAGGUGUACCAGGAUCAUUCCUCUAGUCUCUCAGUGUUACAGGACCAGGUUUUGGUGCUACAAGCUGCACUGCAGGACGUUACAGACAGGCACGGGAAGGAGAAGAAGAGGAGACAGGCACUACACAACACACUCAUGGAACUGCGAGGAAACAUCCGUGUCCACUGUCGGGUCCGACCACUCAUGGAGUUCGACUGCGGAAAUGAAGAUGUGUCAACUCUUGGAAGGUCUGGCGCAAAAUCAGAAGUUGUGGUCCACUUUUAUGAUGAUGAGAAUGUGUGUAUUAGGACAGCUAAACACAACAAAGUCUUUGAAUUUGAAAGGGUAUAUUCCCCAGAUGAGAAACAAGCUCAUGUGUUUGAUGAAGUUCAGCCCAUGCUGACUUCACUGCUUGAUGGCUACAACGUGUCCAUCAUGGCGUACGGUCAGACUGGCAGUGGCAAGACACACACCAUGCUGGGGAGUCACCGCAACGACGACUACCACCCAUCUAACGACAUGCACCCCGACGAGGGGGUCAUACCCAGGGCCACACGCGAGCUCUUCAGAUUGAUAUCAGAAAAGCCUCCUGGAACACACUCCCUGGAGGUAUCGGUUGUGGAGAUCUACAACAACGACAUCCGAGACCUACUGAGUCGUGACACCAAUGUGAAACACGAUGUGGUCACCGGAUCUGACGGUCUCCUCAGCCUGCCCACCAUUACCUCCAAACAAGUAUCGACUGUGUAUGAUGUGAUGUGCUUGGUACAGCGAGGUUUGCGGACCCGCCGUGAGUCCGCCACAAUGGUCCACGAACACUCUAGUCGCUCCCACCUGGUGGUCACGCUGACUCUCAUCAGUCAGGCUCCCAGCUUCUUCGCAGUCGGUGGCGGACCCAAGUCGGAUGCCGAAGAAUCUGUGCACCAUAAGAAGAGCCGGUCGCAGUCCCUGACCCACUCCUCACUGACUGCAAGUGGUUGGUCAAGUCCUGACCAAUCAGGUGCCUCCUCCCUGCCAUCCAAUCAACAACCAGUCAUCCGUACCAAGCUACAACUAGUUGAUCUAGCUGGGAGUGAAUGUGUUGGGAUGUCCGGAGUGAAGGGAGCAGCUCUGCGGGAGGCGUCACACAUCAACAAGAGCUUGUCUGCAUUAGCCGAUGUGCUCGGUGCUCUGUCAGAGAACAGGACCCAUGUUCCGUACCGGAACAGCAAACUCACACAUCUGCUACAGGACUCCAUAGGUGGUGAUGCCAAGCUACUGGUGUUGCUGUGCGUGUCCCCCUCCCAGCGCUAUAUCACCGAAUCACUGCAGUGUCUGGGCUUCGGACAGAGAGCGCGCCAGGUCCAGCGAGGCCCCACCAAGCGCCGACUGCCGACCUCCGCCGAGAAGGUCCACUAUGAAGCAAGGUCGAACUCCCCCAAAGCCAGAUCCUCCUCAGCUUCAGAAAAGAUGAUUACAAGCCAGCGAUUCUGAUGCUCACGAGGGGGCAUGGGUGAAUCAGUCGUCUAAGAGGCCGCAAUUCACAGAGUUGUGUCCUAUGAUUGUGGUUCACCCUGAUUGGUUCAGCACAAUACCCGUGGUCAUUGGUUACACCAUUGUGGUAAACCUCAAAUCUGCAUCAAUUUGGGCUUUGUUCCUCAUCAAGCUGUUGUGAUAUACGUGGAAUACUGCCACUUUUAGCCUAACUCAGGCGAUUGGGUAGCCUAGUGGUUAAAGCGUUCAUUCGUCACGCCAAAGACCCGGGUUCGAGUCCCGACAUGGGUACAAUGUGUGAAGCCCAUUUCUGGUGUUCCCCGCUGUGAUAUUGCUGGAAUAUUGCUAAAAGCGGCGAAAAACCAUACUCGUCAAUUAUCCUAACUCACUCACUCACUAACUUUGCUGCUGAUGCAGUUCUUCAUUUGGAGGAGUGAAGGGGCAUGAACAGAUGGUGAUGACUUGUCAGCUGUUGUUAUGGAUAAUAUGUAAUCAAUCAAAUGUUGGCCUUUUGACAAUCCUUGAAAUAAAUAGUUGUUCUUAUGAUCAUGAUAUGGUUUAAGAAACAUGAAAGAAAGAUUCUCCUGGGCAAUGACUGUAGAACAUCCUAUUUAUUUGUAACU